AUGGGAUGUCGACGCACUCCCCGGUUGCAUGCUUCAUUUGGGCAAGCUACACAUUACAUGUCGGUGAAAGGUGACCGUCUCAGCGGUUUCCCGAGUCGGAAAGCUGCAAAAAGCAAAAUACACCCCAAGGCCCGCCGGCUUGCUGUCGCCGGCUUGGACAAGGCUGCGGACCUUUGUGGUGGGGGUGAUGAUUUGCGCAUCCCGACACCCCGAAACCCUGCCGGCAGGCUCCCGUACCGGGCGAGGCAGCCGCCUGCUAUUAUUCGUGUAUGGGUCCGAGACAGUGUGGACUCCCGCACGCCCGGGUAUGGUGGACGCCGGGGUGUUAACCGGGCGUUGAUCUUCCGCGAGGCCGCCCGCGCGUUCGCCGCCCUCCCACUGAUGUCUUCCGUUUCCGGGUCGCUGCAACCCCUACGCGCGGCAUACCGACAGUCGAGGAAUGUGAAUGUCGAGGAAUGUGAAUACGACUAUACGGCAAGCUAUCAUGUCGGGACCAAACAAAAGCGUCACGACCCGACACUUCCCACCAAGGAACCCGGGCGGGAUCGGGAAUCACGCAGUCGGUCUCGCGCCCGAAUUGCGAAGCCCGAAAAGAGCGAUCGAUGGAGCAAGCGAGGACAGAGCAGGGGCGAAAAGGGCUGGGAAAUACGGGGACCCAAGGACGAAAACGAAGAAAGACGGGGACCCAGGGACGAGGAAAGACGGGAUAAGAAAAGACGGGAUAAGAAAAGACGGGACAAGGAAAGACGGGACAAGGAAAGACGGGACAAGAAAAGUCGGGACGAGGAAAGGCGGGAUAAGGAAAGACGGGACGAGGAAAGGCGGGGACUCUGGGGUGAGGCUAUUUUGGUCGGCGGAAGGAUAUGUGGAGUGGCCUGUCGUGCUUUUGCCCCAACAGGGGGCGACAAAGGUGCAAAGGUCUGCAACAGUAGCAGCGGUAGAACCAAGGCCGGGAAACCCCUAAAAAGCGUUUCUGCUGUCGCAGUCGGUUAUGCGGCGGUGUCCACCGGAUGA